CGUUUUCAACAGCAUAGCUCUUGCUUUUCUAAUUCUGUCAGGUUCGUGUAAUUUGGCUGUCCUAAGGUGACAUUUUCCGUAAUUUACCAAAACAAAAUCACGACCUCCCUGAAUUGCUGCACGAAAAUGGAUAACACGGCGAUUCUCAGAGAGUGGUUCGAGCGAGUCGACUCCGAGAAAACUGGAAACAUCACUGCAGCUCAGCUCAAGAGUGCUCUGGCCGUUGGUAACCUCCAAUUCCCUCUUUCUAUCGUCCAACAAAUGAUUAGGAUGUAUGAUUUUGAUAGGAAUGGGACCAUGAGCUUUGAAGAAUUUGUUGCUCUUAAUAAGUUCCUCCUAAAGGUUCAACAUGCCUUCUCAGAUGUAGAGAGGGGUCGUGGGCAUCUUCUUACUGACGAUGUGUAUGAGGGAUUGGUGAAAAUUGGUUUCUCACUUGACUCUCCGGCUUUUUACACAGUUUGUGAGAGCUUUGAUGAAAAGAAGAGUGGAACAUUUCGUUUAGAUGACUUCAUCUCUCUCUGUAUCUUUUUACAAUCUGCUAGGAAUCUUUUUAAUUCAUUUGAUACAGCUAAGCAAGGCAGAGUUACUCUUGAUCUCAACCAAUUUGUUUACUGCACUGCCAAUUGCAGAAUAUGAAACCGACAUGGUGUAAAUAAUGAGGUAUGAGCAGCAGCAUUUCUGGCUUUUGAUGGUGUACCAAAUCUUAUAAAGAAAAUUGUUAUCAUAUAGGAUGGAUACAUUUGGUUCUGAAACAAGAAGAAUUCCAUUUGGCCGAAUAUAUAAUUUAAACCCUUGAAAAAAACAAGUGGCUUCCUGUACUUUAAAAUUGACUUUGUGGUGUUCUAAACUUCAUUUUUUUUUAAUCAUCUCACACCUUGCAAUGCCAACAGCAACAAUUUUAGGGUA